AUGUUUGCCGAUUCCCCCCUACCACUUGAUAGGAUACUCCAAACUUGCCUCUCCUUCAUCCAGGGAACACCGGUCGGUGUGUGCGCGUCGAUGUUUGGCCUAUCAGAGAGCACUGUAGUUGACUGGUAUGCCCUAUGUGGGAAGGUCUGUUCGAAGGCCUUGCUGCGUGAAGCGUCAUCUCCUCUGGGUGGCCCCGGUGUUGAGAUGCAGGUGGACGAAUUCCUCCUGAAGAAGUACGAGUUUGGUAUCGGGUCGCCGGAAAGCCAAGAUUGGUUGAUUGGCAUGUAUGACACCGCCCAGCGCCGAGCCGUGUUUGAGCGAGUUGAGGACAGGCGCGCCGACUGCCUGAUACCAGUCAUCAGGAAGUGGAUUGCCGUCGGAAGCGUCGUAGUGACUGACGACUGGGAGGGCUACCAUUCGCUCACAUCCCUGGGCUACACACACACUGCUAUCAAGCGCUCCAAGAACUUUGUGGAUCCAGUCACAGGAAAGCAUAUGAAUGGCGUUAAAGCCUACUGGAGUAACUUGAAGAAGCGGGUCAGAAGAAGUGAGCCGGUGAAUGAAAGAAACAUUUGGUCGCAUCUCGAGGAGGCAAAAUACCGGAAGUGGUAUGGGCUGAAGUCGGACAUCUUCCCGGCCUGGGAUCUCUUUGUAUCCCAUAUCGCGCAGCUGUAUCCGGUUGAAGAGAAUCCAGCUCUACAAUCCCCUUAG